AUGCACGGUAUUAUGACCAAUUAUAAACAAGACUGCGGAAAGCAUCCAUACUCGACUGAGCAAAAGGACGGCUUAGACUUAACCGUGUUUGCUAUGGACCUACGCAAGAAGAACGACGUGAAUCGUGUGUCGUCUGACAUACACGAAAUAAUGAACCAAACUAUUGACUUAUCGCAGACUAGAAAUGAAAAACUGCGAUGUGACCAAAUAAAUGUCAAGGAGAGGGAUGAACAGGGUGAGAGAGAUGAAGGAGAUGGACUGUCCGUCGAGGGUGGUAGUAGUAGCAUGUUGUCGCCAUAUUCCGAGUCAAAUUCGCCGAAGAUUGAAUCUGUGGACUACUACGAAAAUAGUAGCCAAUUGAAACAUAACGCGACAUUAACAAAUAUGUGCGAUACCCCGGGCGUAACGAUGACGACACUUCAGCAGCUAUCGCAACCUGUACUUCCGAACGAAGCCGCGAAAAUUCCAAUAGCGAUGCCAAUGCAUGUACCACUUCUGAUCCAACACAAUGAAGCCGAAAGAAUAAUUUCGUUGCCAGCACACACACCAACACACACAGAGUGCUCGACGUCUACGGAUGUGGCAUUGAUAACAUCAUCGCAGGGGAAGAAAGCGCCGAGACCUUUCAAGGCCUAUCAGAAGAACUUAACACACAUCGCGCGCCUUCCCUACGAUCAUAACUCGGAUGAAAGGUACGCGAUGUUCCGUAAGAAGAUGCUCGAGAGCAUGCAAACGAAUCCGUCGAAUUCUAAAGCGCGCAAAGUGUCCAAGAGUCCUGGAUUGCCUACUAGUACCGUCGAUGAGAAAGACGCUGCAUAUUGGGAAAGGCGAAGGAAAAAUAAUGAAGCAGCGAAGCGUUCCAGGGAAGCUCGGAGAGCCAAGGAGGACGACCUCGCAAUCCGAGCGGCUUUCCUCGAACACGAGAACCAGCAGCUGAGGCGCGAGCUGGAGAAUCUCCAGCUUAUGUAUAAACAUUUGUAUAAUAGUUUGUCGAUAAUUUAAUUUUAAUUUAGCUCUGACAUUAUUACUACGGCAUGUAAUAAUGAUAUAUAACAAUGAUAUCAUAAUUUAUCACGAUACGGUUUUUGAUUGCAAGGAAUAUAUUUAAAUGCUUAGUAUAAAUAUCAUGUAUAUAUA